CAAGUAAAUAUGAAUAAUCGACUGACCGUGCUGUUAAUAACCUAGAAAUUUAUUCUUUCGGAAUAUUAUUUAUUUACAAACUGAAUUAAAAAGAUUAAUUUAUUAUAAUAUCCCUAUACAUUUAAUUCAACAAUUCUCUCUGUUUCAUACUAAAAUGUCAGAUUUGGACCAAAAACAAUUAGAACAAAGAACUACCAAGGCAGAGAGGGAAGUCAAUGCCAUCGAAGAUGAAUUGCAGAGAAUUUCUGAAGGAGAUCUGAGUUAUACAGGUGAUCCGCAAUUGGAAAAAUUACUUACAGAUAACGAGAAAUUGAAACAUCGCUUAGCCAUACUUGAGAAUGCGAUUAUCGCGGAAAGUUCGGGUGUCAGUGUAAAACAUACCAAAAAGGAGGCUCGGAAGCGGCCUACACUCAUUACGGAUAUCAAGUCUGUAGAAGGUAACGUUUGCGUAUUGGAUGAGUUGAAAAAUGUUUUUGAAGCAGCUAUAACUUCGACAUAUCCUGACCUGGUGGAUCCUCCUAUUGUUAUCACAUUGUCUGGAAAUAACCCCAAGUUUGGAGAUUACCAAUGUAAUUCUGCUAUGGCUAUAUCACAACUACUGAAAGCAAAAAAUGUUAAAACAAACCCUAGGGAAGUAGCCAACAACAUUUUAAAUAAGACUCCCACAUCACCUCUAAUUGAAAGGAUAGAAGUAGCAGGAGCUGGUUUUCUGAAUAUCUACUUAAAUAAAGAUUUUGCAGAGCAUGUUCUCAAUUGUAUUCUCAGGUUUGGUGUAAAACCACCACCAGUAAAGAGAGAAAAAAUUAUUGUUGAUUUCUCAUCUCCAAAUAUUGCUAAAGAAAUGCAUGUUGGCCACUUAAGGUCUACUAUUAUUGGUGAUAGUAUUUGUAGAGUCCUCGAAUUUUUGAACCAAGAUGUACUUAGAAUUAAUCAUUUAGGUGAUUGGGGCACCCAAUUUGGUAUGUUGAUUGCACAUUUGCAGGACAAAUUUCCAAAUUUUAAAACCCAUUCUCCACCAAUAUCUGAUUUGCAAGCAUUUUAUAAGGAGUCAAAAAAGAGGUUUGAUGAAGAUGAGGCAUUUAAAAAGAGAGCUUAUGCCUGUGUGGUUCAUCUACAAUCAGGACAGACUGAUUACAUUGCAGCUUGGAAAUUAAUCUGUGAAGUAUCUCGUCAAGAGUUUCAAAAGAUUUAUGACAGGUUGGAUAUAAAAAUUAUUGAUAGAGGUGAAUCAUUCUACCACAGUAGAAUGAAUACUGUAGUACAAGAACUUAAGGAUGGUGGCUAUCUUGAAAAUGACGAAGGUAGAUUAAUAAUGUGGGGAGAUUCUGAAAAACAUGAAGGCAUACCUUUAACCAUUGUUAAAUCAGAUGGUGGUUAUACUUAUGAUACAUCAGAUAUGGCUACUAUAAAACAAAGAGUGCAGGAAGAGAAAGGAGAUAGGUUUAUUUAUGUCACAGAUGUUGGACAAUACACACACUUUGUGAUCAUUGAAGCAUGUGCAAGACGAGCUGGAAUCUUGAAAAGUGGGCAAAAGGUAGAACAUGUAGGUUUUGGUGUUGUACUUGGUGAAGACAAGAAGAAAUUUAAAACAAGAUCUGGUGACACUAUAAAACUAAUUGAAUUGCUUGAUGAAGGCUUAAAAAGGUCUCUUGAUAAAUUAAUAGAGAAAGGCCGUGAUAAAGUAUUAACACCAGAGGAAUUGAAACAAGCUCAAGAAGCUGUUGCAUAUGGUUGUAUCAAAUAUGCAGACUUAUCACAUAACAGGGUCAAUGAUUAUGUAUUUUCUUUUGACAAGAUGUUGGAUGAUAAAGGAAAUACAGCUGUAUAUUUAUUAUAUGCUCUCACUCGCAUCAGAUCAAUUGCUAGAACUGCUCAAAUUACAAUUGAUCAAUUAUUAGCUGAAGUUCAAAAAUCUGGAUUCAAAUUGUCUCAUGAUUCUGAAUGGAAACUUGCCAAGGUAUUGUUAAGAUUUCCAGAAGUCAUUUUGAAAGUAUCAAAUGACUUAUACAUGCAUAGUUUAUGUGAAUAUUUAUAUGAAAUAUCAUCAACUUUCACAGAAUUUUAUGACAAGUGUUAUUGUGUAGAAAAAGAUAAUGAAGGGAAAGUUGUUAAAAUUAUUUAUGAGAGAUUAAUGCUCUGUGAAGUUACUGCUAGGAUCAUGGAGAAAAGCUUAGAUAUUUUAGGUAUCAAAACAGUGUCAAGGAUGUAGAAUUUAAAUUUAUAAUAUGGUAUACACUAACUUACAUCUUCUUUAUAUUUAUUAUUGUAUUGUGUUUAAAGCAUGGAGAACAUCUGAAUAUUUGUUCAAUACAAAUAAAAUGCA